AAAAACACGGGUUAUAAAACACUACUGAAAAUUUUAAAAGCAAAGAUAAGAGUUGAAGAGCCAGGACAUCUGACAUAAACAGAAUCUUUUGUUACGAUUUUUAGGGCUUGAAGAAAUUUAUUAACUCAGUGAUGGGAUGUGAAGAGGGAACAAGCAAUGGUGAUACAGAGUGGUUGAAAAGAGGAAGGGGGAUUAAUGGGAUAGAAGUUGGAAGGGUGCAGGAUUUUGGUGGAGGGAGGUCAGUUGCAAGUGAGGGUUUUCGGACCUACAAGAGGCGGAAGCAUGUAAGGUCAACUGAAGAAGCCAAAUUUUUGGAGGAUUCCUUCAGAAUUCAGAGGAAAAACAGAAAUGCUGUACUAAUUCAGAUGCUUGGGUCAUUUAAAGGUGUGGGUGGUAUAGAAGAGUGUAUCCGUGAAGCAUUUUUCUUUGAUCCAGAAAUUGUUUGCUCGACAAUUAAGGGAUCUGAUACUCAUGGUCAAGAUAGGAACAAAUGCUCACAAACUGGGAUUCUUAAUGGAUGUCAGUAUUCAGCUAAAGGUUGUAGUGUUGUCUCUGGUGGCCCUUUAAAUGCAUCUAAUCCUUCUAUCAUGACCAAUAUGUGUCGGCGGGCUUUCUUUGAUAUUUUAAUUUCUGAAAAGUUCAGCUUACUUUGUAAGCUACUCCAGGAAAAUUUUGGAGGAUUGAGGUUUGACAAAUUUAUCGACUUUAGUGUGAUUCACGCAAGGAUGAAAGAAGGAACUUAUGAAAUUUCACCUAUCCGUUUCGUUGAUGAUAUUCAACUGGUUUGGGGAAAGCUUCAAGAGAUUGGUGCUGAAAUGAUUUCUCUAGCAAAUAGUGUUGCAGAAUUUUCAAGAACUUCCUGCAGUGAGCAUGUUGGAGGCCCAAUAAAGUAUGAUGAAGAAAAAAAUGAGCAGUUGUUUUCUGGAGAAACCAACUUUGAUGCUAAAAUGGUACAGCCAGAAGCAGGUGGUGUGAAUAAGGUUUGCACUUGCAGGUGCUGUGAGGAGAAGGCUGAUGGGAAGGAUUGUCUAGUUUGUGAUUCAUGUGAAGAAAUGUACCAUGUUUCCUGUAUUGAGCCAGCUGUUCAAGAGAUCCCACUGAAAAAUUGGUAUUGUGGGAGCUGCACUGCAAAAGGCAUUGGAUCGCCUCAUGAGAACUGUGUAGUGUGUGAGACGCUGAAUGCCCCCACAAACCAAGGAAUUCUGGUUGGUGAUGGGACCAGUCCAGCGUAUGAAACAUUUAUUGAAUUUGAAGGUAAGUCAAACAGUAAUACAGAUGAAGUCCAAGAAUCUGAAGAGAAAAGAUACCUGAUGUACCCUUGUGGAAUUUGUGGAGUUAGGGUAGCAUCGUGCGAUGAGUUUCAAUACUGUGACCAUGAUUACUGCCCCUAUAAGCUCUAUCAUAAUAGGUGUUUAACACCAAAACAGUCGAAAUCCUAUGGGUCUCGUUGGCUCUGCCCUUCGUGUCUGUGUAGAGGAUGCUUUACUGAUAAAGAUGAUGAUAAAAUUGUUUUAUGUGAAGCUUGUGAUCAUGCAUACCAUAUCUAUUGUAUGGAGCCGCCACGCAGCUCAAUUCCUAAGCAUAGAUGGUUUUGCAGAAAAUGUGAAGCCGGACUCAAAGAAAUACGCAGGGUAAAGGAGGUGUAUGAAAAUGAAAAGAAAAAGAAAGGAGAUAAGAAUAUAAAGGCAUAUGAAAAUGGACAGAAAAAGAAAAGCAAAGAGGAUAUAUCACAUGAAAAUCUUGAAAAGAAUCUGAAUGGGAAAAGUGAGGAGGAAUCAGAUGGAGGUAGAGGCGGAAUGGACAUGCUUUUAAAUGCAGCUAAGACCUUAAAUUUUGAAGAGUUUGGCCGCAAAGAAGAGUUUAAACUGAAGAGGGGAUAAGAUUAAUAUUUGAUGGGUUUUGUGAAAAAUGAUUUUGAUUUUAUUAUGAUGCUUCUCCUGAUACAAGGAAUUUCAUUUUACCAUAUUGUUUCGGAAAACUAAUAUUUUGUUAGGUUAACGAUUUUGCUGACUUUCUGAUACAUGACUUCUGGGUUAGACAUGAAUAUGGAGGGUGGAGGCUGUAUAUUGGUGGCUGGCAGUGUGUGAGAGAUGACAUUAUAUUGUCUUUGGUUCCUGCCAAAGUGAAUUUUCUGGGAACCAUUGGAUUUUGGUUGGCGGAAAUGUUUCAUUUAACAUGGCUGCUCUUGUUUCCACAUUUUGUACUAUUGGUACAUAAUAGUGGUAUCAGAAGCUUAAUGUGAAAGAUUUUUUUUCCAGUUUUAUAAUGGUGUUGUGCAGUUGGAUCAUAGAAAUAUGCUACAUUAGUAGCUUUUUGCAAGACAAUAUUUUAUUAUUUUGAUAAUUUAUUUUUUAUUAUUAAUAUUUA